GUUGAGCCUGUCGACUUCAGGCAACUUGACAGACCGUCACUUAACUGAGUGUGGGAACAAAAAACUGUUUGCUGGGCAUUUCUAGAACUCCCCCCAUCAACUGCAGUUAGAAAACGGAGGCUGUGAAAGUGCAUGGUCUGUGUCACUAUGCUGACAACCAAGGAGAUGCGGGGGUACGGUUGGUGCCAUUUUUACUUGUCCCUUGGAAGUAAUAAAGACCAGGCUCCAGUCUUCAAAGCUUGCCUUCCGGGCUGUCUACUACCCUCAAGUCCAGUUGGGGACCAUCAGCGGAGAUGGAGUGGUCAGGCCAACAUCCGUAUCACCUGGACUCUUCCAGGUUCUCAAGUCAAUUCUGGAAAAAGAAGGACCAAGGUCACUUUUCCGAGGAUUGGGUCCAAACUUGGUUGGAGUUGCACCAUCAAGGGGCUACUCCUCUUUGUAAAGCAGUUGCAGAUCAAUGGAGGAAAAAGUGAUAAGGCUAUCUACUUUGCAUGCUACUCCAAAGCCAAGGAGCGAUUCAAUGGCAUUUUUGUGCCCAACAGCAACAUUGUGCACAUUUGCUCAGCGGGCUCUGCAGCUUUUGUCACAAAUACCAUGAUGAACCCUAUAUGGAUGGUGAAGACCAGAAUGCAGCUGGAACGGAAAGUCGGGGGUUCCAAGCCCAUGAAUGCUCUGCAGUGCGCUAGAUACGUUUACCGGACAGAAGGCAUCCGUGGCUUUUACAGAGGCCUCACUGCCUCCUACGCUGGUAUUUCCGAAACCAUUAUCUGCUUUGCUAUUUAUGAAAGCUUAAAGAAGCGUCUGAAGAAUGCCCAGCUACCUCCUUCUGCUAAUGGGACUGAGAGGAGCUCCACAAACUUUUUUGGACUGAUGUUUGCUGCUGCAGUUUCUAAGGGCAGUGCCUCGUGUAUUGCUUAUCCACAUGAGGUCAUACGGACACGGCUGCGAGAGGAAGGCACAAAAUACAAGACUUUCUUUCAGACAGCCCGUCUGGUAGCACGUGAGGAAGGCUACCUUGCCUUCUACAGAGGACUUUUUGCCCAGCUCAUCAGGCAGAUACCAAACACAGCCAUUGUGUUGUUCACCUAUGAGUUAAUUGUGUACCUGUUAGAAGACCGUGAUGAGUAGCAGGCCAAGAAGCAUUGUCUAGAAAGUAAACACUGACACACUGUGCAGAGUAAUUUUUCAUUGAAUGAAUAGCUAUUUAAGAGACUGAUGCAGAUGUUGGUGAUGGAGAAAAGAAACGAGUUCUUGUUCACCUGCUGGACAUUUUCCUUUUGGAUUCAUGCUUUCUGGAAGGUUUUGACUCAUUAACGUUAAUAGUUAAUUAUAACUUUUUUUUUUAACUUAAAACAUGAUUCAGAAUUUAAACAGCUACUAAAUUAAAUCACACUAUUUAAUUUAAUUAUAUGUUUGUCCUUAAUUUAAUUAUAUGUUUGUCCUUGUCUUUAAGUACAGCCAUAUGUGAAUUAAGGAAUGUACCUAUACUAUCAAGAUGUCUGUUGGACUUAUGUUAAUUAAAACUGUAUUAAAGCAGAAGAACUAAUUUGGACUCUGAAACUCAGGCCUCCUACUGCUGGUGUCAACCAUACAUAUAUAUAAUUUUUUUUAUUAUUAUUUUUUUCCAAUGGUGUAGUUGCCUGGUGCCCCCAAUAUCUUUCAUUGCAUUUCAAAGCUAAUGCAAGGUAUAGCGUAGCAAUCAUCACCAUGUGAACUUCCAGAAUGAACAAAGUGCAACAGCUGUGUAAUAUGCAACUUUACUGAUAGAAACUAUUCACUCCAGCAUGUCUUGGGAAAGCCGCUGCAUUGGAAACAUCCCUGUAAAGGUAAAGCAGAGUAGCUAUCCUGGAAUAAACUUAAAGAUAUAGUGGAAAGCCACAUAAUGAGUACCUGGAGAAAUUAUUUCUGCUAUUCUCCUCAUUUCCAGUGGCUUGGGGUUUUUGUGUCUUAA